CGCUGCUUGAAUGAUCGACAGUUUUUGUUGUUCCCAUUUGCUCCGUUUCCGUCUUCCUCAAAACCUUCUUUAUAACUAGACAGGAAGUGUGAAGGAGGACGUAGGAGGAGGGAGGAUGGAGGAAGCAGGAGAGGAGGAGGGAAGGGGGAGGCGAGGAGGGAGGACGACGACGGGGAAGAGAACAAGAAAAACUACUGUGCCGAUGUGCCACGUGGCACGUGACAGGAGAAGAGAGGAGGACGAGGAUGAGAGAAAGGUGGAAAAAAAUUGCGUGCCGGUGUCGCCCGUGGCACGCGACGGGAGGAGGGAGGAGGAGGAAGGAGGAGGGAGUAGGACGGGGGGAAAGGUCGCCAGCUGGGGUGGGGAUUUGCUGCACAGGGGUGUGCUUCCUUUGUCUUUUGCACCAAAAGAUAACCAUGAGGCACAGAUCCAGUUUGCUCUUGAGCGGGGUAUUCCAGCUAUGCUCGGCGUAAUCGCCACUCAAAGGCUGCCAUACCCGAGCAGAGCUUUCGAUAUGGCACACUGCAGCAGAUGCCUUAUCCCGUGGUCAGCCAAUGGUGGKCUGUAUUUGACGGAGAUUGCGCGCAUCCUUCGGCCUGGAGGAUUCUGGGUCCUUUCUGGGCCUCCUGUGAAUUACCAACAAAGGUGGAGAGGGUGGGAAACCACGGAGGAAGAACAACGACAGGAUCUUGAGAAGCUAAGGGAUACGAUGAAGAGUUUGUGCUUUACGCUGUACAAACUGGAGGGGGACUUUGCGAUCUGGCAGAAGCCAACAACUAAUGAAUGCCAUAAUCAGAAGAAACAGGACGGUUCUCAGCCAGCCAUCUGCGAUACAGAAGCGUACCCUGCUGAUGAUGCGUGGUAUGUUCCCCUCCACACGUAUGUGCCAAUGGAGCCUUGCGUAACACCAUUCCCAGAUAAUUAUGUAAGCACACCUCUGCGACAAUGGAGUGAAAGGCUAAAUGCUAUACCACCGCGGAUUCUGGAGUCAAAGGAUGAAAGUGCUGCGGCAUUUCAACACGACGUGAAGAAGUGGCAAGAAAGAGUGGAGUUCUACAAGACAGUUGUAGGUGAGCUGGGGAGCAACAAGAUUCGCAACGUGAUGGACAUGAAUGCCGGAUAUGGAAGCUUUGCUGCGGCCCUUAUUGACAUGCCUGUUUGGACAAUGAAUGUUGUUUCAACGUAUGGCAUGAAUACCCUUGGUGCGGUGUUUGAUCGGGGCCUGAUCGGCACGUAUCAUGAUUGGUGUGAAGCUUUUUCAACAUACCCAAGAACAUACGACAUGUUGCAUGCUGCCGGCCUUUUCAGUGCAGAAGGUCACAGAUGCGAGCUGACGGAUGUUAUGCUGGAGAUGGACCGCAUCCUUCGUCCCAAUGGAGUUGUAAUUGUCCGUGAUCUUGACUAUGUAGUUGAGAGGGUAGCAAAUGCCGCCAAGCUGAUGCGAUGGAAUUGUCAGUCUUUCUCUGACGAUCAUCGAUCAGUUGCUUCCGAGGAGGUCUUAGUUUGCAGGAAGGAAUUCUGGACGAUCUAGAAGUUGACCGGCAAGGGUCUCGUGCUGGAUGCAGGUUGCCGAAGCGGCUGUCGACCCUGCUUAAAGCGUGGUGCUCAGCUUAUCCAGGCGAGUGUAGAGCAAGGUAGGGGUUGUAGACAGACCCAUCGUUGUUACCUACCGGUUUCUGUCUUCUUUGAGAAGUUUCAAUUGGGAAUGAGAUGAAAUUGCUAACGUUCGCGAAUGUUUUGUUACUUCAUCAUGUAGGAUUCUCUGUUUCCCUUGCCUUGCAGCAAAUUAGGAGGGUUUCACUUUGGAAGGCGCUGGUACUUGAGCGUCAAAGCAGUCUAUGCUACGUGGUGUAUUCUGUCUCAGGAUGACGCCAGGGUCAUCGUCAUAAAUGAUGCGAAACACAACAGAGUUACGGGUAAUUUGCAGGGAGCCCCACUUCCCCUGGGCGGAAAUAGCGCUUAGGUGGCAGAUGCGACAAGGCAUUUGACUGGCGGAAGGAGAUAAAGCUCGUGGGAGUUCGUGGUGCAUGCAAGAUCAUCAGCAAGAGAAGAAGAAAGUGACGCUGACACGCACACGCGAGAGAGACCCUACGCACGUUUCAGCCGGUCCCCAGCUUGGGAUCGUCAGGGGUGAGAAGAACAUGGCUAGGAUGGGCAAAUCAUGAAGAAUCUGGUGAAAAGAGAUUCGGAGCACGUGGCGAUUGCGGGCAUGGCGUGGAAGUGUCCGAAUUCCACGGCUUCUGCAGGAGUGGUGGUUGUGACUGUCAUCUUCCCGAUUGCAUGUGUAUAAGGAAUGGAACGGUGGGUCUUGUCAGGUGGUGACGCUCAUCUCUUCACGGUACAGUUGUGUGCACUCGUGUGCAGUAGAAGAUUUGUUGUAACAGAGGAGCAGGUGGAGCCCGGUCGUGGUUAUGGGGAAUGUUGUCGAUUCGACAGACAUGUGGAAAUGUGGUCCAGGCAAAAUCCACAUGCGUAUUUGUGCACGUGGCGGAAUAUGCGUGCAGCGAUGGGGAUUUUCUUUUAGUGGUGGAAAUUGAUCCAUUUUCGAAGUUCACUUGGGAGGGUGUUGAUAUUGCGUGUUGUAAC